CAGGUCACAGAGAUCGGCGCCCACGGAACCGACUCCAAGUUCUCCGACCCCGAGCCUGCUACCAUGUGGCUGGCUUUGCUGCUCCUGGCGCUGCUGCUGCUGGCGGUGAUCGGCCGCGUUUCUCUCGGGCUGUUUGCAAGCAGCUCCCCGAACCCCUUCUCCGAAGAUGUCAAGCGGCCUCCUGCACCCCUGGUGACCGACAAGGAGGCUAGGAAGAAGGUUCUCAAACAAGCUUUCUCAACCAGCCGAGUGCCGGAGAAGUUGGAUGCGGUGGUGAUUGGGAGUGGCUUUGGGGGCCUGGCAGCUGCUGCAAUUCUGGCCAAAGCUGGCAAGAGAGUCCUGGUACUGGAGCAGCACACCAAAGCAGGGGGCUGCUGCCACACCUUUGGGCAGGAUGGCCUUGAGUUUGACACAGGAAUCCAUUAUAUUGGGCGCAUGCAUGAGGGCAGCAUCGGGCGCUUCAUCUUGGACCAGAUCACCGAGGGCCAGCUGGACUGGGCUCCCAUUGACUCCCCGUUUGAUGUUGUGGUGCUGGAAAGGCCAGAGGGCCGGAAGGAGUUCCCCAUGUACAGCGGGAGAAAAGCCUACAUCCAGGGCCUCAAGGACAAGUUUCCCCAGGAAGAAGCAGCUAUUGACAAGUAUAUGAAACUGGUGAAGGUGGUGGCCAAUGGGGUCACACACGCCAUCCUGCUGAAGAUGAUCCCGCUGCCUGUGACUCGGAUUCUGAACAAGCUCGGUCUGCUGUCCCGCCUCUCCCCGUUCCUCCACGCUUCGACCCAGAGCCUGGCUGAGGUGCUGCGGCAGCUGCCUGCCUCCCUCGAGUUGCAGGCUGUGCUCAGCUACAUCUUUCCCACAUACGGUGUACCCCCCAGCCAAACUUCGUUCUCCAUGCAUGCCCUGCUGGUUGACCACUAUGUGCAAGGUGCUUUUUAUCCCCGUGGGGGUUCCAGUGAAAUAGCCUUCCACACGAUCCCUGUGAUCCAGCGGGCUGGUGGCGCCGUCCUGACAAGGGCCACUGUGGAGAAGGUGUUGCUGGACUCGGCCGGGAGAGCGUGUGGGGUGAGCGUGAAGAAGGGUCACGACCUGGUGAACAUCUAUUGUCCUAUCGUGAUCUCCGAUGCGGGGCUAUUCAAUACCUACGAGAACUUGCUGCCAGAGAGUGCCCGCUGUCUGCCAGGUGUGAAGCAGCAGCUGGGCAUGGUGCGCGAGAGCCUGGGUAUGUUCACAGUUUUCAUUUGCCUGCGAGGCACCAAGAAGGAACUGGGUCUGCCGGCCACCAACUACUAUGUUUAUUUCGACACAGACAUGGACAAUGCGAUGGACCGCUAUCUCUCUGCGCCCCGGGACAAGGCGGCUGCACACAUUCCUCUUCUCUUCAUUGCCUCCUCAUCAGCCAAGGACCCAUCCUGGGAAGACCGCUUUCCAGACCGCUCCACGAUGAUUGUGCUGGUGCCUGCUUCCUAUGAGUGGUUCAAGGAGUGGCGGGACGAGCCAAAGGGCAAGCGCAGCAGCGACUAUGAGACCCUGAAAAACUCCUUUGUGGAAGCCUCAGUGUCGAUGGUCAUGAAGCUCUUCCCCCAGUUGGAGGACAAGGUGGACAGUGUGGCCGGAGGGUCCCCACUAACCAGCCAAUUCUACUUGGCUGCUCCUCGGGGAGCCUGCUAUGGGGCAGAUCAUGACCUGGGCCGCCUACACCCUUGUGUGAUGGCCUCCAUGAGGGCCCAGAGCGCUGUUCCCAACCUCUACUUGACAGGCCAGGAUAUCUUUACCUGUGGGCUGAUGGGGGCUCUGCAGGGAGCCCUGCUCUGCAGCAGCGCCAUCCUGAAGCGGAACAUGUACAUGGACCUUAAGAACCUCGGCUCAAGGAUCCAGGCGCAGAAGAAGCUCUGUUAGGGAUGAGUCAGAAAACUGCACUCAGCCCUAAGGAGCUCAUCUUUGUGCUUUAGUGCCUCACUCACAUCCCAGCACCACCGUCACCCUACUCUCACUUCUGAAGAGGGUCCAAUACUAAGUCUAGCAUAGAUAAGGCCUAACAUCGCUUUUGAGCUGAAACUCUUCUGUGCUGGUGUGUGUGUGUGU